GGGUCUGCGAGUGGGUUGUAUCCGAGCCCAGAUCCUAGUCCUGAGCGUGUCUGUGUACGAGUGGACGGUUUCAGACGCGAUGACUCUGAACGGUGGCUGCAGCGGAGCGGGCGGGAGCCGCGGCGGGGGCCGGGAGCGCGAGCGCCGUCGGGGCAGCACACCCUGGGGCCCGGCGCUCCCGCUGCACCGCCGGAGCAUGCCGGUGGACGAGCGCGACCUGCAGGCAGCACUGGCUCCGGCAGCCCUGGCAGCAGCCGCGGCCGGGACCCGGACAGAGGGUCCAAGGCCGGACUGGCCGGAGGUCUCCUCGGACUCGCUCAGCUCAGGGGGUAGCGACUCAGACGAGAGUGUUUACAAGGUGCUGCUGCUGGGGGCACCUGGCGUGGGCAAGAGCGCUCUGGCACGCAUCUUCGCUGGUGUAGAGGAUGGUCCUGAAGCAGAGGCUGCAGGGCACACGUAUGAUCGAUCCAUCAUGGUGGACGGAGAAGAGGUAUCUCUCAUGGUCUAUGACAUUUGGGAGCAGGAUGGAGGCUGCUGGCUGCCUGGUCACUGCAUGGCCAUGGGGGAUGCAUACGUCAUUGUGUACUCAGUGACGGACAAGGGCAGCUUCGAGAAGGCCUCGGAGCUGCGGGUCCAGCUGCGGCGUGCACGGCAGACAGAUGACGUGCCCAUCAUUCUUGUGGGCAACAAGAGUGACCUGGUGCGUUCACGUGAGGUCUCCGUGGAUGAGGGCCGGGCCUGCGCCGUAGUCUUUGACUGCAAGUUCAUUGAAACAUCAGCAGCACUGCACCACAAUGUCCAGGCUCUGUUUGAGGGUGUUGUGCGCCAGAUACGCCUGCGAAGGGACAGCAAAGAAGCCAAUGCGAGAAGGCAAGCGGGUACCCGACGACGAGAGAGCCUUGGCAAAAAAGCGAAGCGCUUCCUGGGCCGCAUUGUAGCGCGCAACAGCCGCAAGAUGGCCUUUCGCGCCAAGUCCAAGUCCUGCCACGACCUUUCGGUUCUCUAGGCCCCAUGAGCUCCCACUGUGGUGGGCAGACAGAUGGGUGGGUUGGUGGGCGGGCCCAGCCAACAGUCCUAAAUGCUUGGGGGCCAGCUCAGACUCUGAGCCCCUCAGAGCUGCCAGCCAGGCAUCCCCCACUUCAUGGUCAUGGACAGACAGGGCUACCCAGGGAGGCGGCUCCCAGUGGCCAGUAAGGGCUGGGCCCACAGAGAUGCGUGUGCAGGCUCACGUGUGUCCCAAGUGGCAGCCCAAGCCCAGCUGGUGGAGUAGCCUGGGUAUGGGGAGAGGACUCUGCCUUUCUCUAUACUUGGGAUGGGGGUGUUCUGGAGGGAAGCUAUUCAGUGUCCUGGGUGUUUGUUUACAUACAGAUUUUUUGUAAUAAAGACUAUUUCCUGAUA